UAUACGUCUACUUACAAAAAGUUUCCUUCCCUUUAUUUCUUCUCAUUUUCUUGAUCCCCGCUGCUACUCACCCCACGGUCCACACCAAUAGCAAAUUAGCAAUUGAUCAAAGACCUGACGAACAGCAGAAGCACUAGCCAUGGCUGCAGCUAUGCUCAAACGGACGACGAUGUUGAAUUCAAUGGUCAACAGAUUGAGAUCAUAUGCUUCGGUUGCAGUGGGUACGGACCUGGUAUCCGGCGCCCCCAAUGUCUCUCUCCAGAAAGCUCGCACUUGGGACGAAGGCGUCUCCUCCAAGUUCUCCACUACCCUUCUCAAAGACAUCUUCAAGGACAAAAAAGUUGUUAUCUUCGGACUUCCGGGUGCUUUCACUGGAGUUUGUACAGCCCAACACGUGCCUAGCUAUAAGAGUAACAUUGACAAGUUUAAGGCCAAAGGAGUUGACACAGUGAUCUGUGUAGCUGUCAACGAUCCAUAUGUAAUGAAUGGAUGGGCAGAGAAGCUUCAAGCAAAAGAUGCCAUUGAAUUCUAUGGUGAUUUUGAUGGGAGUUUCCACAAGAGCUUGGACUUAUCAAUUGACCUCUCUGGUGCUUUGCUUGGAACACGCUCCCACAGGUGGUCAGCGUACAUAGUCGAUGGACAGGUCAAGGUUCUCAAUGUCGAAAAAGUUCCAUCUGAGUUCAAAGUUUCUGGUGGGGAUGUCAUCUUGGGACAGAUCUAGAGUGGGAUUCUCUUUUGCAGUCUGAACUAAUAAGUAAUAAUGAGCAUUUCUAGCCCAGCCUUUUGUUUGAGACUUGGCGCCAAAAGAGAAAGAGAGAUUCGUAGGCGCCAAGGGUUGGCGACUUGGCGCUUGUAUUUACUGAGUUACUGAUUAAGUGAUCUUUAAAGAGAGAUUCGUAGGCCCGGUUGGCGACUUGGCGCUUGUAUUUACUGAGUAUUCGACUGCCUUCCCGGUUGAAUUUUUAGCUGAAAUUUGGUAUGGGUAAACUAGACUUAAUGAAGAAGAUGCUCAAAAAAUUUCAUCAAAAAAUUCCACCAGGAACCGCCCCAAUUGGCGACGUCCGGGCAGAAACUCCUUUAUAAGGGGUAAAUUGAACACUUUAAGUUAGUUCAUGUACCUAUUUGACUCUUUAGCCUAUAUAUAAUAUGAUACGAGUCAAUGUAGGCUAAUAAGUGAGUUGCGAAACUAGGAUAGUUGCUCACGGUUCAAAUACACAUAUGGGCCAAAUAAUAAUAAUA